AUGUUGAGCCACGCUUCUGAGCUGGUCCGGGCGCUGCCCGGGGCCCCACACCGAGUGCAGUGUUCCUCCGUAGGGGGGUCCCCACGGUUGUCCUGGAAUGAAGCCCAAGCCAGAGGGCUGUCAGAGGGCCUUUGGGACCUGGUUGUUGGCAUCUCACAGCUCAUUCGCAAGAGUCACAACGGUGCGCCCACCAUUGUCUCCCGUGAGGAGUGGGGGGCGAGAUCCCUGACCUGCAAAGCACGGCUGACCCUGCCUGUGGCCUACGUCAUCACGGACCAGAUGGCAGGGAUGGAGUGCCAGGGGCCGAACUCGUGUGGCCAGAAGCUGCAGGGCCUUCAGUCCCACUCCGUCUACACCAAAGGCUGGUGUGAUGUGGCUUACAACUUCCUGGUUGGGAACGACGGCAGGGUGUAUGAAGGUGUCGGCUGGAAUGUCCAAGGCAUGCACACCCAGGGCUACAACAACAUCUCCCUGGGCCUCGCCUUCUUUGGCAAUGAGAUAGGUAGCAGUCCCAGCCCUGCUGCCUUAUCAGCUGCAGAGGACCUGGUCUUCUAUGCCAUAAAGAAGGGUCACCUGUCACCCAGGUAUAUUCAGCCACUUCUCUUGAAAGAAGAGAGCUGCCUGGUCCCUCAACAGCCAGUGAUGCCCAGAAAAGAUUGCCCCAACAUCGUCACCCGGUCCGCUUGGAAAGCCAGACAGACACACUGCCCUACAAUGAGCCUCCCAGCCAAAUAUGUGAUCAUCAUCCACACCGCGGGGGCGACCUGCAACGUAUCCAUGGACUGCCAGAUCCAUGUCCGGGACAUACAGUCCUACCACAUAGACGUGAUGAACUUCUGCGACAUUGGAUACCACUUCCUGGUGGGUCAGGACGGCAGUGUGUAUGAAGGAGUUGGCUGGCAUAUCCAAGGCUCUCACACUUACGGCUACAAUGAUAUUGGCCUAGGAAUUGCCUUCAUAGGCAACUUCGUAGAAAAGCCACCGAAUGCCGCCGCCCUGGAGGCAGCCCAGAACCUGAUCCGGUGUUCCGUGGUCAAGGGGCACCUGGUUCCCAACUACCUGCUGGUGGGGCACAGUGACGUGGUCAACGUUCUGUCUCCUGGCCGGGCUCUGUACAACAUCAUUAAGACUUGGCCUCAUUUCAGACACUGAGGGAGCCCCUGCUCCUUCUCAGACCCUGGCUGCUGGGCCUCCUCCAUCCUCACCCUCCAUCCUGGCCCCACACCUGUGUCCCCUCCCUGCCAGCCCCACCCUGUCCCUCUGUCUCGGGUUAGGAUGAUCCUCUCCUGCCAGCAUCCUCCAGAGUCCUCCAGGCCCUGUAGCGGGGCAUUCCCAGCCCUCUGCGGCUGGCCCAGCCUUCCCCCUCCUCAUCUUCCUCUCCCCUGGGCACCCCCUCCUCAGCCAGGUGAGACAACAGGGUGGCCCUGUGAGACUCUCGCUCAGCAGCCCCCAGCCUCACGGGUGACCCAGGUCAGUGUCCUGGCCCCCCUCUGCUCACACGCUGACUUGUCCGUAUUUGGAUGCAGCCCUGAUUUCAGGGUGGUCAUUGUUUACAGAGGUGUCUGUUCUCCCCACUGGCUUGUGAGGCUGUCCGGAUUCGUUCAUG